AUGAAGCUGAGCCCAUUCUCCUUCCUUCUGAUGUGCGCCGUGUUGGCUGCCUUCCCCGUGUCAGCCGACUUCUACAUCUACAGGAUGUGGCAGACAACUGGGAAUGACCAUCAUGGUACCGGGGACAACAGGGUAGAAUACGCUUUCUUCCCCGGACCGCCUGACUGCAACGACGUGAUAGACCGCUGGCACGAGCAGAAAGGCAAGGACGACGUCAGUGGCAACAAGCACGGUGGCCCCAAAGAUCCUCGCGACCCAGAACUCAUCGAGUUCAACAACGCUGUGGGUCACUACAGCAACCUCGUGGACAAAGCCUAUUACAGGGACUCGGGAGGCGAGCUGAGAGACACCAAGGACAACAUCAUCGGACACUGUCACACCGACGCGUCGGACACAAUCGCAAACUGUUUUUCCACACGUGGGGACAUCAACAUCUUCGGAUUAUGGGAUGGCGGCUCUCUGGUAUACUGCGAGACAGCUCUCACGGCUUGCAAGGUGUUCUACGACCCCCGGACUGAGAAGCAGUGCUGA